AUGGAAGAGCACCAGAGAGCAGCCUUUCUAGCCGCGCGUGAGCGGCAUCCACCUAGCCACGCUAUCACAUACAUUGAAACCAACGUUGCGCUAUCAGGACAACCACUUCCUAUCUUCAGUGAACGAGCUAAUGGUUUUGUGUCUCUUGAUGACGCUCGUCUGCAACAGGAGGAAAGUAACGCAAAAUGGAAUGAAGUACGCGAUGAGAUGGAACACCUCUUCAAACUCAUGGAGAAAGUGCAAAGCAAACUUGAUCAUGAAGCUGGCAGUGAGAUUGGGAACAAGGUCAAUCUGCGCAACUGCGACUGGAAGGCUGUUAUGGGAGAGGCUGCCAGCCAAUAUACCAAAGUCGAGGAAAGCAUUUAUGAAGCAUUAUCGGAAAUCCCCAAAAUUAUGGAGAGCGCAAAAAGAUAUGUCGACUUGUAUAGACAAAUGCGAGAACAGUCUCUUGAACAGCGAACGAUCGAGCUUUUCAGAGCCAUCUUGACGUUUCUUCGUCAGGUCAUGCAGUUCUUCUUAGACGAUAAGUCAAAGAAGUUCAUUGGAAGUAUGAUGAAGCAGGGCUCUUAUAAGGAGCAGCUAUUCACGAAUCUCGAUGCUGUGAAGAUGUGCGCCCAGGCUGUGAAUGAAGAAGCCUCGCAGUGCCAAGCGCGCAUGGUUUCACGGGUCUAUGAGAACACUGAAAAGAUCCAGAUAGUGUUCAACCAGUUCUUGAACUUUCUAUUAACCAACCCUAGAUUCCAAACAAGCGAUCCAGAUCCAUCUGUCCUAGAAAGCAAUACCAUUCAGCCCGAUACAUCACCCUACGAUUUAUUAAACGUGGAUUUCUCGUCUUCGCAAGAUAACGAAACGAACGGUAGCAUUAUUCCAACCAUGCCGACACUUUCCUCGAGGCACACUGGGCGACCAGGCUCAUCUACCACCUGUUCUGAAUCAAAUCGACUCCUCCAGUGUCUCUACUACCACGAAGAAUUCUUGACCGAAGAUAUAGACUCUAUCCUCUCGUCUAGCUACAUGCUAAAUGAAAAGGCAAAGUCCAGAGUGGCAUCAAUGCUUCGCAAUGACAAGUUCCAAGCAUUUAUGACAGAAACUCGAAACUCUACGUCACUCCUCAUCAACGGGCGCGGUGAUCUAUCCACCGCAGAUGGAGUCUCACCUUUCAGCCUUGUAGUCGCAGAGAUGGCACGAGAGCCAGAUACAAGGCUUACGGCUGGGGCUCCCAUCUUUGUCCUCAAGUACUUCUGCAGUGAACAUAAUCCAUCGCGUGUCCGGAACCGAUGGUCAUCACCAACUGGUAUGCUGUCCGACCUCAUAGGCCAGUUGGUUUGCCAGAUGUUGGAUAAAGGGAUAGAUAUCGACCUAUCGUUCCUCAGUCAUUCCAAGUGGCGAAAGCUGGAUGGCCUUGACGUUCGUACUAUUUGUUCGGUAUUCAAGCGCAUAGUCGAGCAAGUACCCCAGGGAGGUGUGGUACUUUGCGUGAUUGAUGAGAUAUCGGUUUACGAAAGGCAAUCGCUUGUGUAUGAAACGGAUAUCGUGAUAAGCAAGCUUGUGCAACUUGUUCAGCGGGAUGGAGAACCAGUGUUUAAAUUGUUGGCCACUUGCUACGAUCGCGCCUUGGAGGUCAAUAGGCUCUUUUCUGGCUGCACGCUCGAUUUGGAGGAAGAUAUUGAGGUGGAUGACUCGGCGGACUGGACAAUCUCGCACUACUCCUAA